AUGGCUCGCGGCCAGAUCACAUCGCUACUCCUCUUCCUCCUGCUCUCAUCGACCGCGCUCCCGUGUCUGGCUCAGCAGAGCAACAGCACGGGCCACACCCGUUCGUCCAGAACCGCCGGCGGGUUCUCGCCGACCACCGUCGUCGUGCUCGUCGUCCUCAUCGCGGCCUUCGUCGUCCUCACGCUCUUUUCGAUCUACAUCAACCGCUGCACCGGCGGGCACCCCGUCCCUCGCCGGCCGUACCGUAGCACGGUCCCUGAUCAGCCCGUCGAUGCCGCCGCCCACUCGGAUCGCUGCCGCCCCCGUGGCCUCGACAAGGAGGUCGUGGAGGCCUUCCCGACGGCCGUCUACGGCGACGUGAAGGCGCGCAUGGCGACCAACAAGUCGGGCCCGCUCGAGUGCGCCGUCUGCCUCACCGAGUUCGAGGACAGCGACGAGCUCCGGGUCCUCCCGGCGUGCUGCCACGUCUUCCACCCGGAGUGCAUCGACCCGUGGCUCGCCGGCGCGGUCACCUGCCCGCUCUGCCGGGCCGAUCUCACCGAGCCCCCCGCGAUCCCGGCCGCCGCCGAGAGCCGCGGCUACCUGACGGACACGGCCGUGCAGGAGGAGCCGGAGGAGCUCGACGAGGAGUGCUCGGUGGUCUCUUUCACGGCUGAAUCCCUCACCAGCUUCAGCACGGUAUGGAGGCACGAGUUCACGGGCGCGGAGUACAACCACUACCGCAGGACGCAGUCGGCCAUGGACGCGCCGGACCGGCACACUCUGAGGCUGCCGGAGCACGUCAUGAAGGAGCUCGCCGCCGUCCGGAGGCACCGGCGGGCGGCCAGCCUCGCCGCAGAGUACCCAGACACCGCGGAUCAGAAGACACCGGGGUGGCUGACCUCGUUCCUGCGGUCCAUGUCAUGGCAGCGGCAGAGCCGCGGGGACUCGGACGCCGGGGAGGAGCACGGCGGCAGCAAACGGAUUCAUCCCGUGGCCGGAGCGCCGGUUGAAAAACCGAGCGGGUCGGGGUCCGGCGGGGACGAGAAGAAAGAGAGCUCCGACGUUGACGCGUUAAACCGGGUUUGA